AGCACGCUGCUGGUAUCCAUCGCAGAGAAGGCAAAGUCAGUUUUCUCCCAUAGAACAGAAAACACCAUGGCUGAGGAAAUAGAUGGGGAGCAGGGACCCCGAAGCUCCUUUACCACAUACAUGGCCGAAGGCGAGCAGCUUUUCCAGAAGGGAGAGUACGAAAAAGCCGUGGAAAGCUUCAGCAAUGCUUUACUUCUUCAGCCCUGUGAGAAGAACUGCCUUGUUGCUCGCUCAAAAUGUUACUUAAAGCUUGGAGAUUCAGAAUCUGCCCUACAAGACGCAGAGGCUUCCUUACGUGAUGAGUGCAAUUUCUUCAGGGGUCUUUACCAGAAGGCAGAGGCGCUCUAUGCAAUGGGAGAUUUUGAAUUUGCCCUUGUGUAUUACCACAGAGGAUUCAAACUGCGUCCCGAGCUGCAAGAAUUCCGCCUGGGGAUUCAGAAGGCACAGGAAGCUAUUGAAAAUUCUGUAGGAACUCCUACAUCAGUUAAACUAGACAACAAAUGGGAUAUGCACUUUAUGAGCAAGCAAGAAGAGAGCAAGAAAGCUAAACAGAAGACGACAGUUAAAGCCCCCAAGAAGGACACAAAGCAACAGAAAAAGGUAGACCCCUUAAGGAGUCAGAAGACGACCCGUCAAUUGCUUGGAGAGUUGUACAGCGAUAAAGAAUAUCUGGAGGCGCUUCUGAAGGAUGAAGAUCUUGUGAAAGGAAAUGCUCGUAGUGGGAUAAAGCUUCAAAACUUGAUCUUAAAUGGUAUAAACUAUUUAGACACUCGCACAGAUUUUUGGAGGCAGCAAAAGCCUAUUUAUGCCCGAGAGAGAGACCGAAAGAUCAUGCAGCAGAAGUGGAACCGGGAGAAAAAUAAGCCAUCCGACCCCAACCAAUACAUUCUGAAAAGCUUGGAAGAAAUUGAUCAUUGCCUCUUUAAUGGAAACCCCGAAGGCAGCCUCAAGAAGGCCCAAAAAGCAUUAAAGAACAUACAGAGUUGGAAAGCAGAAGAUAUUCCCAACAAACAGGAAUUGAUAGGGAACCUGUACAGCUGCAUUGGAAAUGCUCAAAUAGAUCUGGGGCACAUGGAGGCAGCUCUGCAGAGCCAUACUAAAGAUCUGGAGAUUUCAAAAGAAUACAACCUAACUGCAUCAAACUCAAGAGCUCUUGAUAACAUUGGUAGAGUCAAUGCAAGGAUUGGGAAAUUUAAGGAUGCAAUCAAAGCGUGGGAAGAGAAAAUCCCUUUGGCCAAUUCAAGUCUGGAGAAAACAUGGCUGUUCCAUGAGAUUGGAAGAUGCUAUCUGGCAUUAGAAGCACCAGUUGAAGCUAGGGAUUAUGGAGAAAAAUCUCAGGUGGCUGCGGAGGAAGCUGAGGACACUGAGUGGCAGCUAAAUGCCAGCGUCUUAGUGGCACAGGCCCAAGUGAAGCUAGAGGAGUAUGAGUCAGCAGUUACCAACUUUGAGAAAGCCCUCGAGAAUGCAAAACUACUCCACAAUGAGGAUGCUAAGAUUGCCAUCAUAAAUGCUUUGGGAGAUGCAAAGAGAAUUGUGGAUAAGAUUAACUCAGAUCACGAUGAAAAGAAGACAGAUGAUAAGACUCUAGAAAGCACAGGAGGUGAACCAGAGACAAAAGAGGAAACUAGCUCCAAAGAUGUUGUUGUUUAGAGCCAUACGUUUUCUGCUUCAUCCAAUUUACAGAGCAGAAAGACCAUCCAACUUACAGAGCAUGAAUUUCAACUUACAAAGUGCGGAUAUUAAUUUCUAAAAUAAAGACAAAACAGAAUACCCUGUGGAUAGCUGAGUUCACCAAUCAAAUGUAUAAAUAAAAUGUUGACAGUUUGUGCUAGAGUUUAAUUCUCUUUUUGUGUGUGAACUGACACUCUUAGCCAUUGAAUAAUAUGCAAAGUUGGUAUACUAAUGCAGACAUAUGUGAUUGUGGGUGCCCAACAGAGGUAGAUAAGUGUCAAACCUUUCAUACAUGGUUUGACAGCUUACCAUACCAAUGCAGUGUGCUGUAGUUUUUUUUAGAUGGUUAGAGUAUCCUCAUAAAGUGUCACCCUUCUUAUAACCUAUAUUUCUACUCACAAAACUUCCACAUUUCCAUUCAGCAUCAGUCCAAGUACUUGGAUUUAAUUCAGGUUUAACAUGUAAGCAAUAUCCAAUUUCUCCCUUCAUCCCUAAACAGUGUAUGUCCAUUGAAAUAAGCCCAGUUCAUGCAAUUAACCUCACCAUUUGUCAUGAAUACCAAUUAUGUCAUAUUGUUCAACAUGAAGACAAAUUAUG